AUGCUCUACUCAAGAGUACUGUUUGUCUUCACAAUUGCCUUUGUGCAGCUGCUAGGCAGUUUUGCAGAAGGAAAAUCAUCCAACGCUGACGUUGAAAAGAUAGAUUAUCUUAACCCUACUCUAACGAUUGACAACAAAUCUGACCGAUCGAAAAGCCUGGAAGAUCAAAUUCUGCAGCACCUUCAAGUACUAGGAAAUAUCUCUGCCAACUCCAUCACGAUCGUCAUCAACGUUUCACCGGAUGUUUACUGUGACCAACCUCAACCUCCAACGGAGUUGCCUCGGAGUUGUGCGGACAUUCCGGAUCAACCUUCAGGUGUCUACCAGAUCCGGCCGGAAGAUUCGUCGGAAGCGCUGGAAGUAUUCUGCGAUCAGGAUCACGACGGAGGAGGCUGGACGGUUUUCCAGAAUCGAUUCGACGGAUCGGUGAACUUUUUCCGUAGAUGGGACGACUACGAGCAAGGCUUCGGCGAUCUACGGGGAGAAUUCUGGCUGGGACUGAAACAUAUCCACGAAAUGGUUAGAACGAAACGACACGAGCUGCAUAUGGUUUUCGAGGAUUUCGAUGGAUUUGGUGACGUCCAGAAGUUUGAUGAUUUUCAAUUGGCUGGACCGAAAGAUGAUUAUAGACUCGUGAAGCUCGGCUCAUUCCAUGGAACCCUGGAAGAUGCACUGAGCUUUCAUGUGGGCUGGAAAUUUUCAACCGUUGACAAAGAUAACGACUACAGCUGUGCUUUGGAUAUGGGUGGGGCCUGGUGGUACAGUGUUUGUUACAAAAGUAACUUAAACGCAUAUUACUUGGGAAAAGGCGCACAACCGGCUUACUCUGGUAUGGUUACUACCGUUCUUGGUCCUUAUAAGCCACUCAGGAGAUCUCGAAUGAUGAUUCGACCAAAGAAUCUUUCGAUGAUCGUCGAGAAAGUCAAGAAAAUAAAGAAAAUCAAGAAAAAAGUAAAGAAAAUCAAGAAAAUCACAAAGCAAACUGGCUCCGUUGGUCCACCUGAGAAGUUCUUCGCUGGGGAUAAUGAUGGGUAA